AUGAAGUUGCAUUACAUUGGAGUUCGUUCGCAGAUCCAACUAUGACGAUGUUAUCAGGCUGACCGCUAUCAGAUAAUCAAGAACUCGGAGACGCCAUCACACGAGCUUUGUUGCGUGAAAGAGUUGAGCGCAUAUGGCCGAUUCACAAGGGCGAGGUUAGAUUAACUGUACGAUCUUUCUUGGAGGAGCUUGGCUAAUGGAAUUAAUGCACAGUUAUGGCGAAUUCAUGACGGUUUUCAGUAAGACAGUCGCUGAACGAACAAAGCCUGGCCAAAGGCAAGAUAUUGAACAAGAUAGUAAAUCGCACCUCUUCCCAAUCCAACAACACUUCGAAACUAACAAUUACAGGCAAUACAUUCCAUGCCUAUGGACGUACCGAAGGUGUCUGCGGCAUAAUAAUUUCAGACCACGAAUACCCAGCCCUUGUCGCCCAUCAACUUCUCUCCAAAGUCGUCGACGAAUUCUUAAACGCACACCCACGGUCAGAAUGGGCGAAUUCCAACCCGACCAUCACAUUCCCUGAAUUAAACGACUACAUUGUGAAAUAUCAAGACCCACAACAGGCAGAUAGUAUCAUGAAGAUCCAAAAGGAAUUGGAUGAAACGAAGAUUGUGUUGCACAAGACUAUUGAGAGUGUUUUAGAGAGAGGCGAGAAGAUUGAUACCUUGGUGGCAAAGAGUGAUGGCUUGAGUGCGCAGAGUAAAAUGUUUUAUAGUGAGUUUAUUAGAAUAAGAAUGAGAGUUGACAAGAGAGCAUUCACUAAUUUAAAAACAGCACAAGCAAAGAAGCAGAAUUCAUGCUGCGUGGCUAUGUAAAUGGAUAUAUUUGGUUGGCUAUGGCGUUCUCGUCCUUUUCUUUUUGAUAGCAUUCCCUCAGGCAACGUUUCGAUUGGAGAAUGUAAAUUGCAGUUCGAGGUUGGGAAUAUUGGUGUCAACGUGGCUUAAGGCAACGUCUUAAUACUUCAAUGGUACAAAUACAUAUCUUUGGCGGUUUCCAAUAUCUCUUCACGUUUCGUUGUUGAAUUAUAAAG